AUGUCGGAAGUAGGACGACCUCGCCAGAUCCGCAUCGAAUUUCCAGAGGCAGACCUCGAUCGCCUGCAGCGCAAGCUCGACGAUGCCAGACUGCCCGACUCUGAAAUCACGGGUGGUCUCAAGCCGUGGGAGUACGGCACGGACUUGGCCAAGCUUCGACAGGUGCUCAACGACUGGAAGAGCGGCAACCCGAAAGACAGCCACCGUCAACCUGUCGGAUCUCCCGGACAAGGGGUGAAAGCGUGGUGGAAGGGUGUCGAGUCGCAGCUCAACCGUUUCCCCCACUAUACGGUGCAGAUUGAGGGACUCCAAGUGCACUACCAGCACUUCAAGUCCACUGUCUCGGACGACGAGGCCGGAUCCCCGGCGAUUCCGUUGAUCUUUUCCCACGGUUGGCCUGGUUGCUUCACCGAAGGGUUCCACUUUGCGUCCAGGCUGGUCGAAUCACGAGCUCCACAUUUCGAAGUGAUCGUGCCGAGCCUGCCUGGCUACGGUCUGUCGCAAGCACCACUGAAGAAAGGAUGGACACUACAGGACACCGCGAGGGUGUUUGAUACGUUGAUGACAUCCGUUCUUGGUUUCAAGUCGUACAUGGCCCAAGGUGGCGAUUUCGGAUCCGUGAUCACUCGCUUCUUGGCCAACAGUCCGCACUGCAAGAUUGCGCACCUCAACUUUGCUCCUCCUCAGCCCCCUCUUUGGAGCAUUCCAGCUUUAGCGCUCGAGCAUGCAGGGUUCAAAGGCAUCGCAUCCAGAGCUCUCGGACUGCUUGGCUACCAUCCGCAAGAAGUGCUUGGCAUCCGACGUGGCCUUGAAUAUUCUGACUUAGGCCAUGCUUACACCAAAAUUCAAGGCACCCAACCGUCGACCCUCGGAUACGGCCUGUACGACAAUCCCGCGGGCAUCCUUUCUUGGAUUCUCGAAAAGUUCCACGCCUGGUCCGACCCUAGGUGUCCCGCGUUCAACGACAGCAACAAGGACUCCUCGCCUCACUCGUUUGUCACAGACCAGGAGAUCCUCACCAUUGUCACGAUCUACUAUCUCACCAACACGAUCCAUACCUCGUUCUUGCCCUACAAGGAGUCGCUGCACUUCUUCAUUAGUCCGGACUGGAAACUGUGGCAAGCGGCAAAGGACACGCCGUUUGGCUUUUCCAACUUCCCCUACGAGCUUGCUGGAGGUCCCCGGAGCUGGCUCUCAAAGUACAAGCUCAAUUGGCAGUUUUACAAGAUGCACGAAUAUGGCGGUCACUUUGCUGCUCUGGACAAUCCGGACGUACUGGUGCAAGACAUGCAAGAGUUUGCCAAUCAGCACUGGCCUGGUCUGUAG